AUGGGGUGCGAGGGGUACAAAGUGACGUUUGAGAUGAAGGACUACGACGUCCACCGCGAUGAGAGGCUCGAGUUCACGGAGCGUUGCUUCGACUUCGCCCUCGCGGGCGGACCCCUUCCCGGCAGGCACUGCAGCGUCCUGCUUCUUGUGCGCCCUGGCGACCUGCUUUUGCCCGACGAGGAGGAGCCCGGGACUUUCUGCCGCCACCUCGACCCCAAGACUUCCUCCAAGCUGCACGAGAAGGAGGCGGCCAGCUUUUUGAGCUUUUUCGGCGAAGCCGCGAAGGCGCAGUUGAACAAUCCGGGAAGGGUGUGGAAGGACAAGGCUCCAUCCGCCGAAGUCAUCUCCGCACGUGUGAAGAGUAUUGCGGCCCACAUCCGAGAUAAAUUGGCCGACUUCCUCAGGGAGGAGGCCCCCGGCAUGGGGCUACUGUCAGCGAUCGCGUUCGCGUGGUCGUUGGGCCAUCUGGACGCCGUGCAUCGCAGCUACGAUCCGCUCGUCGUCGAGAACCCGAAGCUGGUCGGCCUCAAGGCGCUCCGACUGGAGCUGUUGGACUGCGUGGAGAAGGCCGCGCUGAGCAGACGGGAGGCGUCGUCCGUGGGUCGUGGCGUGGGAACCGGCAUCGCUCUGGGUGGGGAGGCCGAGGAGGCUGCGGCGGGGUCGCACUCGGUCGGGCACGGGUUCAAAGAUGGCGGCGAAGAGGAGCAAGAGGAGGAGGACCAAGAGGGGGGCGGGGAGGAGGUUGGUGGCUUGGACGAGGAGGAGGAGGACGAGGAGAGUGAGGACGCCGACGAGGAGGCAGUGCCGUUCGCCGGUGAGAAGGUUGCGGAUAAGAGCGGUGCGAAGGUUGCGGAUAAGAGCGGUGGAAGUGGACCCAAGUCGGGCAAGAAGGCGCGGGGGAGCGGUGGCUCGACCACGACCCGGAUGGCGUCAAAGGCGGUCAUGGAGCGUCUGAAGGCGGCGGAGCGGGAGAACAAGAGGCUGAGGGAGGAGAAACUGGUGGCGGAGAAGAGGCUGGAGAACCAGAUGGUGCGGAUGGACACGCUCCACUCCUCGGUUUCGGCGGCGGUCCACAAGCUGGGGGCGGUCGCCGACCGCGUGACCGCUCACGAGCAGACGUCGGGGGCGAGCCUCGAAGGGGCGGUGGAGGCUAUGAAGGCGGUCGUGGAGGAGGCGUGCAGAAACCGCAACUCCAUCAUAGAGCACAUGAACGACAAGUGGCUGCCCACCGUAAAUGCCUUGAACCUGGCAACCGGUGCCUUGAACAAUAGGCGACAUGAAGACGACGUCCUAUUGCUGCGAGGGGUGGCAGAUGCGCUGGGAGAGAAGAUCAAGACGGUCGUGUCUGCCGAGGUCAAGGCCGUCAUGCAGAGCGAGGCGAAGGCGAUCGCCGCGGCCGUGAGUGCGAAAGUCGCCAAAGAGCUUAGGGAGGUCGUGGUGAAGGCGGUCACCUCCGCGACCCAACAGGGGCUUGGAGCCGCCGGGUUUAGCCUCCUCCCAAAUGCUCUCGCGUCGGCGAUGCACGGCGGUCGCUCAACCGCCGAGGAGCAUGGGCCGCCGCCAAGGCACGCCGGGAAAAGGGUCGCCGACGAAAAAUCCCUGACCGGCGAGCAGACCAGCGGCAUUAAGCGAAGCAGAGGACCAGCGGCGAAGCGCGGUUCGGCCGUGGAACCUCCUGCCGCCCCGUAUGUUCGUAUUCCCGGCGUCAACGACUUGCUGAAAGAGGGUCUUGGCGCGCGUCCGAGCGCCGAUUUUCGACAGAGAUUGGCCGCGACCACUCCGCCGAGCGUACACGACGCGCUACCGAGCGGCGACCAGACGCAUCUGGUGGGCGGUGUCGUGGGAGGGGCAUCCGUGGUCGGGAUGCCGGGCGGGCAGCCACUGCCCGAGGCCAGUCCGGCGAAUGCACAUGGCGCUCCACCGAGCGGCGGCACGACGCAGAUGGCCGGGGAGCUCCUGCACAUAGCAGCGGUGGUCGGCCAGCAGGGCGGGCAGGCCGUUGCGCGCCAGCAUGUUCAACCCUCGACGGGUACGGGGACUGCGAGACCGACCGGCGACACAGUGCAGCUGGCUCUGGCGCCCGCAGCGGUGGUCGGCCAGCAGGGAGGGCAGGCCGCUGCGGGCCAGCAUCCUCACCCCUCGACGAGCACGGCGACGGCUCAAGACGAGCGACCGGGUGCCCGGCUGGCCGACGACCUCCUGCGCACCGCCGCGGUUGUACGUCAGCAGGGAGGGCAGGCCGCUGCGGGACCGCAUCCUCACCCCUCGAUGAGCUCGGCGACGGCUCAAGAAGCGCGACCGGGUGCCGGGCUGGCCGACGACCUCCUGCGGUCCGCCGCGGUUGUACGCCUGCAGGGAGGGCAGUCCGCUGCGGGCCCGCAUCCUCACCCCUCGACGAGCUCGGCGACGGGUCAAGACGCCCGACCGGGUGCCGGGCUGGCCGACGACCUCCUGCGGUCCGCCGCGGUUGUACGCAAGCAGGGAGGGCCGUCCGCUGCGGGCCAGCAUCCUCCCCCCUCGACGAGCACGGCGACUGCUCCAGACGCGCGACCUGCUGCGGUAAGGGCGCAGCUGGCCGACGACCUCCUGCGGUCGGCGGCGGUGGUCGGCCAGCAGGGAGGGCAGCCCGCUGCGGGCCAGCAUCCUCACCCCUCGACGAGUCCGGCGGGUAGCGCGCGCCCGGGUGGCACGGCGGCUCUGCUGGCCGACGAGCCUUUCCGCCCCAUGCAGCGAGCCACAGGAGUCCUACCCAGCGGCGUGGUCGAGGCUGCCACACCGAUGAUUGUGUCGGCGUCGGCACCAGCGCCUCACCGAGCGGGUACUGCCCACGGGACGCCCGGCGGAGUUGAGACGAAUGUGUCGCUGCCGAACCCGCCUCCGCCCACCACGGUGACUGACGCUGCGGCCAGCUUACCCGGUCAGAAGGCCGGUAUGGUCGGCGUGGAAGCGAUACCCGCGCCCGCGGCUUCACCAGCGGUCGAGGGUCUAAUCAACAGGAAGGGAACGUGGGAGGAGUAUCUGAAAUGGCUCGAGGAUCAGAGUGGCCCAGAAGUUCCUCCGUCGGCGGCUAGGAACAAGGCGGUCGACCCAGGAGCAGAGACAGGGAACGCCACGGCAGCGACUGCAGGGGCGAGCGUCACCACAACGGAGGAGGCGGCUCUUUGGGGACUGAUGGAAGAGGCCGGCGGGAUGGACCCCGCAAUCCUCGCCUCUAUCGUGAUGCCGGACCCUGAGGUCGAGGCCCUUAAGGAUAAAGUGGAAGAAGCAGCCCCGACUGCGGAAGCGCGAAGGGAUACACCGGCCGCCUCGUCUGCACCUGCGGUGGGCCCCAGCGCGACUGGCGCCAAAUCCCUUUCAGGAUAA